AGCAAAUAAAACUCGCCUGAUGUCAUAGAAAUAUCGAUAAGAGUUUGAAUAAAAGUCGUGGCAUUUCCUCACUUCUCUAUCGGUUCAAUCGGUCUUACUAUCAACUAACAUGCACUCCUAUCACAACCCCGGUGUCCCAACCGCUCUCUCGAUCUUCGAGCCACUUCAAGAUGGAUCCACCAUCUCUGUUCACGGACAUGUUCGUCACGGACAUCACAAGAACUUUGCCGUCGAGCUUUUGAGCGGACCAAAUGUUGUUCUUCAUGUCAACUUCCGUUUCCAUCAUGAACACGUCGUUGUCAUGAACUCCCAGUUCAGUGGAAUGUGGGGACCAGAAAUCCGUCACAAAAACCCACUUCACCACUCGGAGCACUUCCACCUUAGCAUCAAGGUUCACGCUGGAUAUUACCAUAUCUCUGUGAACGGUCAUCACCUCGCCGACUACCCACAUCGUUACCCAUACCAAUCGGUUCAAGCCAUCGGAUUGAAGGGAGACGUUCAUGUUGACAAGGUUCACUUCGAAGGAUUCCACUUCCAACGUCGUUGGGACGGACAUGUCGAUCAUGGACACUCUGGAUACAAUGCCUAUGGAACUGAAACCUAUGUUGCUCCAGUGUUUGUUCAGCCAAACUUUAUGCCAUACGGAGCACCACCACCACCAGUCCAAAACUUCAACCCAUACAGAUAAAUCGGGGAUCUUAUUUUUUUAAUGUAUUUUUUGGAAUUUUCGACGUUAAUUGUCAAGUUGUUUUAUAAAUUUUGCAUGUCUUAUGAGUUUUUGUUGAUAAAAAAUGUUUAAAUUU